AGGGAACUUCUGAAGCUAUCCUUGUAAAACCUGAACCGCUCGAGAUUUCUCCAAGUUUUUCCCGAGAUAUUUCGGCGCAGGCCGAGCCCAACUAGAGAAUUGUUGACCCCCCCGCACGUCCAUGGCGCUCAUCCGCGGCAGGCAGGCAGGCAACCGCAGCACGCACUUUUAUCUAUGGCAUUAGAACCCGGAGUAGGCAACGCCGCCUUUGCAUAACCUUGUAGAGUUGAUAUGCUGUUCGCGGACGUGCACCGCGCUGGACUUACGUAAUAAUCCCAUGCGAAUGUCGAUUCUCCCCCGGGCCCCGCGUCCCCCGCUUCACUUGGCCCCCCUCUCCGAAAUUUCGGCAAGUUGAAGUUCGGCGAAACAUUUUUUCCUGGUUAACAACACAAUUAGAUAGGCUGCAAACAAUAUCUAUUGCAUUGGAAAUUGUGCGUGUCUCUCUCUCUUUCUCUCUUUAUUUUUUCUUUGCUCGAGUGAGAAAUUGACCUUUUUGGGGAUGACCUGCCUUCGGAUCGAAGGGGCGGCGUGAGGAGCGGUCGGGAGGUGCGUGUCUGGGGGCGGUCGGCUUUUUAUACAGCGAUGGAAAUGCCAGCUCACAGUUUUUUCCAUUCCGGUGUUGAGAUGGACCCUCAGCAACAGCAGUUCUGUUUGAAAUGGAACAGUUUCGGAUCAAACCUUGCAACAUCAUUUAGUAAUUUAUACAAAUCGGAAACUCUAGCUGACGUCACGCUGUUCUGCGAUGGUGUCUCAUUCAAGGCUCACAAACUGAUCCUGGCGGCGUGCAGCAAGCACCUCGCGGACCUGUUCGAAACCGCUCCGCUCCACCAGAAUCUGCUGGUCAUCCUCGACAACACGUCCGCGUCCAACAUGUCAGCCCUGCUGGAGUUCAUGUACAGGGGAGAGGUCCACGUGUCGCAGGACUCGCUGUCGAGCUUCCUCAAGGCGGCCGAGUGUCUGCAGGUCAAAGGGUUGAGCAUCGAGCACGAGAAGUUGGCCGUCGCGCAGAGUCAUACCGUCGUCUCCAUGGAUGCCGCUGUCGGGGGGGCUGAUUCGCCGACUCGGAAGCAUAUUAAGAUACCAAAAGAAGAGAUCGAGACCCCGGUAUCGAACGCCCACCACCAAUCGAGCCCGUCCCCGAGCUACUCGCCCGCUAUGUCGCCCUACAUGCACCCGCACCACUAUCGGCCGUACGACUCCCCACGCAUGCCCGCCUCAGCGCCCCCCUACGACAACUCGAUGAAGAGGCCGUUGCGCAGCAGUCCCAACGAGGUGAUGCAGCAGCAGGAGUCGGUCAGGGUGUCCGUCCUGCGCGACGGCAGCAAGGCGACCGGUCGGCCAGGGUCCCCCCCAGGUGGGGGGCACGUGUCGCAUCCGUACAGGCCGUCGUCAUCGCUGUCGAAUCUGCCGAGCCAGCCGGGGGGCGAAGACUCGCCCGAGAAUAGGUUCGACCCGGAUCCUGCCACCGCCAUGAUCUGUCCGGAAAGUAGUAGUCUCGAUAGGUCACAGGAUCCGGGCUGCGCAGAAGAUUUGAGAAUGAAGAUGGAACCUCCGGUUCAGCAGGACGACUCGCCCAGCAGCACGGCAGGAAGCGGAAGCGUCGGGAACAUGCUCAACAACACCAACCCCUCUUCGAACGGUUCACUCAACCACCAGACGAAUUGCAAUCACGACAGGGACAAAGAUCUUAUACCGCCCCACCUGUGGAAUCAAGCUGCUAUCAAGUUGACGAAGAGCGGGAUGGUAAAUACACCGGAUGGAAAGAAAUUGAAGUGCCCUUUUUGCGAGAGAUUGUACGGAUACGAGACGAACCUGCGGGCCCACAUACGGCAGAGACACCAGGGCAUCCGAGUGCCGUGCCCAUUCUGCUCGCGGACCUUCACUCGAAACAACACAGUGAGGAGACACAUAGCGAGAGAACACAAAACAGAGCUCAGCCUGAAAGCUUACCAGCAGAAUCAGCAACAGCAAGUACACACUCAUAACCCUUGAAUGGGACAUUUCGGUGGGAUGGCAACUGUCUUAGAUCUGAUGAAAAUAUACUGAGAGUUCAGUCGCACUUUUGAAAUACCGUCGAAUUUCGUACGUUGGUGACGUUGCCACGAGAUUUUCCGGGAAAUAAUAUUCGGAAACUUGUAAUUUUGCUCAGAAAUUUUUUGGGUUUGACAGAGUGUUGAUAACGAUUGAUAGUAACAUUUUUGUUCAAUGUAGCUCAUCAACUCCUCGUUUAUAUGCCAAACUAAUGCAUAAAAAAACCGUACUGCCGAAUUUUUUCUGUCAAUUUGAACUUUCGCAACCCUAAAAAAUAUGAAUUAUAAUUUUUUUUAUGCACUCUAUGGAUUUUUUGGAAUUAUUGAGUAGGGCCAAAAACACUGCAACUAUUUUGAUGAUGAUGAUGAUUCAUCCUCAAAUUGAAUGAGUAACGAAAAUUCGUUAAAAUUGUUGCUUCCUGUUUGGAUAAACAUUUUUUUCUGUGUUUCAACUAGUUGAUUCUAAUAAACUAUAUGUCCUAGAGAAGGGAAUUUGUCGAAAUUCCUUUUGACAGGUACAGUAUUAUUAUAACCAAGACCUUUAUACAGUUGUUCAAGUUAUAGCAUAAGAGCGUCAUUGAAUUAGGAUCGGCGUUUGAUUUUCCUCGAGUUUUGUUCAGGAAAAAAUACAGCUUUGAUGCAUGGCAAAAAUCAUAAAUGACACUGGCCCUCGUACAGACCCUUGUGGCGCACCGCAGCUCACGUCAUCAUUCAAAUUAACAGAAUUCGAUUUUAGAUAUAGAAAUACGAGUUUAAUCAUUAACAAAUGUCCGAUACAAAACUAAUUUCGUUAGAAUGAUUCGAAGAAAGAUUCAGAGAGAAAUUUGAUGUAAUGUUUUUGACAUAACGUUUUUUCCCAACCAGUCAGCUCAAUAAAUCCAGAGGUCAUUUAAAAGUGCGUUCCCCACGUCUAAUUUUUUUCAGGAAGUAUAACAAUGAAAUGGAACCAGUUUCGAAGGUACAAAUCUUCGUUGGAGUGUUUCAACAGUCUCAAUUUUUGAAACGCUCCAGUUCAAUAAUUUUGAUUUAAUUUCGAAAUGCAAACAUCACCGGUGUUUCUCAAGUGCCUGGAUUUGAAGGUCCUGGGUCAUUCAUAUCUAAGACGUUGUCGAAAUUUAGGUUGAAUAAAAUGAUCAGAUUUUAUCAUUGCCUUGAGUAAUAAUCGAUGUGCAUUGCUCGUUGCGUUCAGGUUGUUAAUAUUAUAAAGUGAAGAAUCUGUUGCCUAUUCAGGAAUAUUUUUUUAUUUUGUUAUUUUAUUGUAGAAGAUAUUUUUUGUUGUACUUAUAUAUUUUUUAAAGUUGUAAUUUUUUCCAAAAGCGGUUCGGAGGGGGCAACAUUUCCUCCGCCUAUCCGCGGAUCGUUAGUUACGUUCUAGUUUAAGUAUUUUUCGUAGAAAAAAAAAAACAAUCGCCCGAGCGGCUUUAAACUACCUCAUUUGUAACUACUCUGCCUCAGGUUUCAUUUUUUUUCUAUUAUCCGCUAGUCAUUAGUGCAAACACAAUAAAUCUAGGUUUAAGUUUUCGAAAACCAUCGGCGACAGAAUUGAUGAUUGCCUACCUCUACAAAUAUAAUUGUCGUGUUGAUAUUAUGCACUUCAAGAAGGCCGUUGAUCGAAUCCACUGUAAUAUUAUUUCCGCGAAAUCUGCUUCUUCUGGAGUGUUUUCGAAAUCUAUUCUCAAAACGAAACUGGCCGCCAAUGUUCCGCUAUCUAAUUGUUUAUUAUCAGGAUUUUUAUUUAAGUUCAUGUCGGUUUAUAUGAAGUCAAGAAUCUCUCGCUUCUGUUUGAUUUUCCAAUAAAAUUUUAGAGAAUUGUAUUGAAUCUACAAGUGUGCUUUUGCUCCUUCAUAAAAAAUUUCAUCAGAUCAGUUUGCCGAAUUAUAGAAACUGCCUUCAAUAUUUCUCUAGUUUUUUCAGUUCUAAUCUAAUUUAUUUUUCAUUUGUAACCAAAAUCCUGAAUAUUCAAAUUCAUAUUUAAUCAAAAUAAAAAAAACUACCUUAAUUUUUUUUAUGUAUUAUUUUUCUUCUAUUCUAUCUAUUCUAUCUAAAAACAGUUCUCAAUUAUAGAGGCUCACGACAUUUUGAAAUAUCCACAACCAGAGACCAGGUUCUUUUCCCUUCAAAAUGAAUUUGAAGUUUUCCAGAUAUUCUAUUUUUCAAUGAGGAGUUGAUUUGAAAAAAUUGAAGGAAUUUUUCUGUAUCUAGUACUUUUCACAGAUACUCAAUUUUUAUUGGAAAAUCAAAUAUUUCAUAGUUCACUAGCCUUAAUCAGUUCACAUCGAUUUCGAAAUUUAUGUGAAAUAUAUCAGAAACAAUCCUUAUUUCACCGAGUUCAAUAUUUCGAAUCCCCCUCAAGUUUUCAUCUGCCAUUUAAUAAAUAUAUUCACGGAAUGAACCAAAUACGAUAUUAAUUUUAAGCAUAUACUAGUCAACAACGCAAGA